AUUGUAUAGAAGAGACAAAUGAAUGGAAUAAUCGCUAGUUUGACAUAGUUCAAAGACUUGGCUUGUGCUUCUGGGGUUGAAUUUUUAGAGAGUGGUAUAUAACAGGUUUGAAUUUUGAAAUAAUAGACUAUUCAUUUUCUUGGUUUUGGAGAAGGGUAUCAUCAUGGAUGAUAGAGAAUUCAGCUGAAAAAUUUAUAUUCUGAAACCUGAAAGGCUCUACCAAUUACCAAACUUGAGUUGAAAACAGUAUCAAGGAGCAGCUUCAAGUUUUGACCUGAGGAAGGGAGGGGAAGUCUCAUGGACAUGGAAGGAAGAGGGUUUUCUGGCUUAUACAAGAACUCUAGUGAGGAGUUGUUUCUGAAGACAGUGAUGGAGAGCCCUAUUGGUAUGCCAGUGCCUACUAUGGAGAUGUUGGGUUUAAAGGCUGUUUCUCAAAGCUUCCGCACAGAUAGUGAGGAACUCUUCAAACGUUGGUUAACAAAUGGAGAGGGAUACAAUUCAUCUAGCAUGGGACUUAACAGUCGAUUAUCAAAAAGGAUAUCUACUGAACUUGCUAAUGUGUCUAAUCAGCAACAAGUUGGUUUAGCUUCAGAAGGAAGAAACAAUGAAAAACUAUACGUGCAAAAUAACCUUUUGGCCAAUGAUGUUUCAGGUGACAUCAAUUUUCAAAUCAGGGAUCCUGUUGAUAGAGAACUGCAAUCUAGUAACAUGUUUCUGGCCAAGGCCUGGUUUCUUAGUGAUCAGAGAGUAACAAGAAGCCGGUCCUCUGAAUUGCGGCGAAGGUAUACUGAAAUGCAAAAUGCUCAAGCAAAACAAGGAAUGGAAUCCAUGAGCAUGGUCCCUCAGAACGGUGCUGACACUCCAAGACAAGAAAUUUCAAAUUUUAAUGGUUUUGAUUACAUUACUAUGUGUGAGCUUCCUAGCCAAAAGGGAUCAUUCAUGUCUCCAUCCAACUCAUCUUCAUCUACCUUCAACACUCGUCAACUCGUUGAUGCAGAUAAAGUUUCAUCUUGUGUAAGUAUGCUAAAAGGUACAUUACAACGCAAGAGACUCAGCAAUCAAGUUGAGAAAGAAUCUGCAGAAGAUAGCUUAAAUGGACUAUUUUGUCCUCAAGAACCUAUUUUCCAAACUGGUUUUAAUGAAGGACUAGAAAACUGGAAUCAUCAAAAGCCAAGAAAUGUUCAAAGAGCAUCCACUGGUCAAGUUAAGGAUCCUGAAGUUUGCAUUGUCUCUGAUGGUUUUGCAAAUCAAACAAACCAAAUAUAUGUGGGAACUGCUUCCCAAGAACCUUCUCAAAGUGAAUCUUCUGCUGCUGCACCUGUAAUCUCCUCUGGUUUGGAUGCAUGUGAAGGUCCCAGCAAUUCAAAUCAAACACUUUGUGAAAGCUCAUGGAAACAAGUGGGAGUGAGUAGAAGUUCAGAAAACACUCAAAAUAGAGUCAAAGGUGUCAGAGAACAGAUAAUGGAUAAUAUAAAAGACGAUCGGAAGAGGAGUCGUCUAGAAAGAUAUGGAUCUGUAACAUCAGCUGUUUCAGAGGACAAAGGGGACACAACAAAAAAGCGUAGAGUGGAGCGCUCAAGGAAAAUGGCGGAGGCAAAGGAAAGAAAUUUGACGCCAUCAGUUCCCUCUGACAUGCAAGCUGUUUUGAAGCGGUGUGAAACCCUUGAGAAGGAAGUUCGAUCCCUAAAACUUAACUUGUCCUUCAUGAAUAGGAAGGAUUCUGAACAAACAAAGCAGAUAGAGGACCUUCAGAAGCAGAAUGAAGACUUAGCAGAUGAAAAAGAGCGUCUCCUAGAAGAGAUUGAAAGAAUUCUUUCAGAAACUGGAAAGAUUUAAUGUUUAGUUUCUUACUAUAUCCUCUCCUUAGAAACUAUGCAGUGCUCGAACAAGAUACAAUGAUAAAAUCUUACCACAAUCCCUGCUUAAUAGUGAACCUCUGGAUUCUCUUGGUAAAAUAUAAAUGCAUGGAAUCUAAAUUAUUAGUAUCACAAUUUAUCUGAUAAAAUCUAACUGUUGUUCAAAAUUUUAGGAGCACCGACGAGAGUGUAAUAGAUAUGAAUGUAACAAAUUAAAACACGGUUAUCUCAGAAUCUAUAUGCAUCCAAAUGAUUCUAAAGUCU